UUAAGCGUGUAUACUACCACACGGUCAAGCAUUGGCGCUGAGAGUAAUAUAGAUCUGGUUUUGAAUGUGGAAGAUUUUGACAUUGAGUCCAAAUUUGAAAGGACAGUGAAUGUCUCUGUACCAAAGAAAACACGAAAUAACGGCACAUUAUAUGCAUAUAUAUUUCUUCAUCAUGCUGGCAUUUUGCCUUGGCAUGAUGGGAAGCAAGUGCAUGUAGUAAGUCCUCUGACCACGUACAUGAUCCCUAAACCAGAAGAGAUUAAUUUGCUCACUGGAGAAUCAGCCACACAGCAAAUUGAAGCAGAAAAACAGACCAAUGCUCUAGAUGAACCUGUGUCUCACUGGAGGUCAAGAUUAACCUUAAAUGUCAUGGUGGAAGAUUUUGUGUUUGAUGGAUCAUCCCUCCCUGCUGAUGUUCACCGCUACAUGAAGAUGGUUCAGUUGGGGAAGACGGUGCAUUACCUUCCAAUAUUAUUUAUUGAUCAGCUAAGCAACAGAGUGAAAGAUUUGAUGGUUAUAAAUCGUUCAACAACAGAGCUACCUCUUACAGUGUCAUAUGACAAAAUAUCUCUUGGAAAACUCCGAUUUUGGAUCCACAUGCAGGAUGCUGUGUACUCCCUCCAACAAUUUGGAUUUUCAGAGAAGGAUGCAGAUGAAGUAAAAGGCAUUUUUGUUGAUACUAACCUGUACUUUCUGGCUUUGACAUUCUUCGUAGCAGCAUUCCAUCUUCUCUUUGAUUUCCUUGCAUUCAAAAAUGACAUCAGUUUUUGGAAGAAAAAGAGGAGCAUGACUGGGAUGUCUACAAAAGCAGUGCUCUGGCGGUGCUUUAGUACUGUGGUAAUAUUUCUUUUCCUUUUGGAUGAACAGACAAGUUUAUUGGUACUGAUUCCAGCAGGCAUUGGUGCAGUGAUUGAGCUUUGGAAAGUGAAGAAAGCUUUGAAAAUGACAAUCAAGUGGCAAGGCUUGAGACUCAGAAUUCAGUUUGGUACGUACAAUGACUUUGAGAAGAAAACUGAGGAGUAUGAUACCCAGGCUAUGAAAUACUUGUCAUAUUUGCUCUAUCCACUGUGUAUUGGAGGUGCAGGUUACUCCUUGCUGAAUGUCAAAUACAAAAGCUGGUACUCCUGGCUGAUUAACAGUUUUGUCAAUGGAGUGUAUGCAUUUGGAUUCCUGUUUAUGCUACCCCAGCUGUUUGUAAACUACAAGAUGAAAUCUGUUGCACACUUACCCUGGAAGGCUUUCACAUAUAAAGCGUUCAACACUUUUAUUGAUGAUAUAUUUGCUUUUAUCAUCACUAUGCCAACAUCUCAUAGGCUGGCAUGCUUUAGAGAUGAUGUUGUGUUCCUGGUCUAUCUUUACCAAAGAUGGCUUUAUCCUGUGGAUAAGAGCAGAGUGAAUGAGUAUGGCGAAUCUUAUGAAGAGAAGCCAAAAAAAAAGGCUCACAGAGAAUAACUAAGAACUGAAUAAGAUUCUGACCCCUGGACUCUUACUGACUUCAUGUAUUAUCUGAUCUUAAGGAAAAACUUAUUUAAUAAGAGUAUUUUUAAAGCUUAUGAAAGAACUACAUGGACAAUACAUCUUCUAUAUUGCCAAAAUCUAGUUUUGAUAUCCUCCUAUUUCAAGAUCCUCUUUUGUCCUCACACAGUCCACAGUAUACCAGAUAUCACUGAACAAACUGCCUGCAUUUAAACUUCUCUUUGGUGAAACCCCGAGUGUCCUGACCAUUGUACUUAUUAUCCAAGUCUAUGUUUUUAAGACAACUCAUUAACUGGAAGUGUGGUGCCUGUGCCACUAGGCUAUGAAAAGUGAAAACAAGCCAGUGUGUUGGGGUGGAAUCAGACUUUAUUGCUGGACUGGAGGCUGUCAAAAAUAAAUUGUUGGGUUAUAU